CUCUGUGGAUUCGCUGACAGCCGAGUGUCACUUCCUUUCUGUUGGGGGACAGGUCUGUUCUCGAUGCGAGCUCACUACGUCCCGAGGUAGACCUGCUGGGAGCUGUUAGCCAGUAGCAGCGAUGGGGACCGGACUGAGGACCGGACUGAGGACCCAGGGCCCGGACAGAGCUGCAGCCCCCUGCCUCCUGACACUGCUGUGUCUCGGCUGCUUUCAUGUAGCAGUCGCCCUCAAACCACAACUUCUGACGAGGCUGGGGGGCUCGUCCCACUCCGCUGACACCCCCAUCAGCUAUGAAACCCUUUAUUUUGACCAGAAGAUUGAUCAUUUUGGUUUCCUAGAGGACGGCACCUUCAAACAGAGAUACCUGGUGGCUGACAAACACUGGCAGCAGCCUGGAGGACCUAUUUUGUUCUACACCGGCAAUGAAGGCGACAUCACCUGGUUCUGCAACAAUACGGGCUUCAUGUGGGAUGUUGCGGAGGAGUUAGGCGCCAUGCUGGUUUUUGCAGAACAUCGUUACUAUGGAGAGUCCCUGCCAUUUGGACAAGACUCUUACAGUGACAGCAAACACCUGAACUACCUGAGCUCAGAGCAGGCCCUGGCAGAUUUUGCAGUGCUGAUUAAGCAGCUGAAGAGUUCUUCACCCGGGGCUCAGCAGAGCCCUGUCAUCGCUGUCGGGGGUUCCUAUGGAGGGAUGCUCGCCGCCUGGUUCAGGAUGAAGUACCCCAAUAUAGUUGUUGGAGCUCUGGCAGCCUCGGCACCAAUAUGGCAGUUCCCUGGUAUGGUGCCAUGUGGAGACUUCUACAGAAUAGUCACACAGGACUUUGCCAAGAGUGGGAAUGCCUGUGAUGCAAACAUCCGAAAGUCGUGGAAGGCUAUUAACAACGUCUCUUCCACUGCGUCGGGUCUUCAGUGGCUGUCAGAGGAAUUCAGUUUAUGCGCUCCUCUUAAAAGCAGCAUCGAUGCUGUCGGCUUCAAGAGCUGGCUUCAGGAGACCUGGGUGAACCUGGCCAUGGUGGACUACCCCUACCCAGCCAACUUUCUGCAGCCACUUCCUCGCUGGCCCAUCCAGGUGGUGUGUAAGUUUCUUGCUUUGGAUCCCAGCGUGUCGGACUAUGAGCUGCUGCACGGUGUCGCCCGAGCAGCAAAGGUCUACUACAACUACACCGGCAGCUCCCCCUGCCUCAACACAUCCCAGACAGCCACGGGCAGCCUGGGUUUACUGGGCUGGUUUUACCAGGCCUGCACAGAGAUGGUGAUGCCCAUGUGUGCUGAUGGCGUCCACGACAUGUUUGAGCCCGAGGAGUGGAACCUGCAGGCCUUUUCGGAUGAGUGUUACGCCAUGUUUGGUGUCAGGCCACGAGCUGACUGGGCAGGCACGGUCUACGGGGGGAAGGACAUCACCUCUCACAGCAACAUCAUCUUCAGUAACGGAGGACUCGACCCGUGGUCGGCUGGUGGAGUGACUACCAACAUAACAGAUUCUCUGGUUUCCAUCCUGAUUCCUGACGGAGCCCAUCACCUAGACCUCCGCUACCGCAAUGACCAGGACCCCCCAUCAGUCCGCGCUGCCCGGGCGUUAGAGGUGAUGUAUUUUCGAGAGUGGAUCAGGCAGGCUAAAAAAACACCUUAAACUGCAUCAGCGCCGUAGUCCCUA